UCUAGUGGUAUGAUUCUCGCUUUGGGUGCGUGAGGUCCCGAGUUCGAUUCUCGGAAUGCCCCUUUUUUAUUUCUCUAAAUUUUAAUUUUUGAUAAAUAUUUUUUUUAAUAUUUAAGGUCCUCAUUUGCAAAUAUAGAUAGUAUACAUUCCGCCCUUAUAAAUUGAACUAUUUAUUUUUCGCGCCUCCUUCUAAAAUUUCCCCUCCGUCAACUUCACAUAUUUCCCCAAUUUUCAGUUGUCAACACCCAGAAUCCCUAAUUCGAAGAAAAAUAAAACAGAAAUGGAGACGACUGAAAAUUCAAUUUCCGGGGACGAUUCCGCUCGUCCAUGGCAAUCGUAUAAUACGGUUUAUACCAACGCUAAAGCAGGUAUGGAAGGAGUGGACAAGGAAAAAGUGCAGAGAGUAGUUUAUGAAAUGAGCAAAGGGUCCAAGUACUUUCAGAAUGAGGAAAGGAAAGAAGCUUACAUGAAGCAGAAAGUCGAUAGUAUGAAGGCGCAGCUUGCCAAGCUUACUCCGCAUGAUUUAUCACAUCAUCAAACGAUUUCCGAUAAGAGGAUUCUAGAACUGGAAGCCGCGCGUGAUUUGUCGAGAAUUUGGUUACAUGUGGAUAUGGAUGCUUUUUACGCAGCUGUUGAAACGCUGAGUAAUCCGUCUCUAAAAGGCAAGCCAAUGGCUGUCGGUGGCAUGUCCAUGAUCUCGACAGCUAAUUAUGAGGCACGGAAGUUUGGAGUUAGAGCUGCAAUGCCUGGAUUUAUUGCACGUAAAUUGUGUCCUGAACUGAUUUUUGUACCGACGGACUUCAAGAAGUACACUUACUAUAGUGACUUAACGAGAAAAGGUUGUGCUUUCACCCGUGGUUUCUUUGAUACGGAAUUAAAAUUAUUUUUGCUCGAUGAAUUCUCUGAUUCACUUGCUUUUUAUUUAGUUUACGAGAAGUAUGAUCCCAACUUCUUAGCUGCAAGCUUGGACGAGGCAUACCUAGACAUAACAAACUAUUGCAAUGACAAGGGAAUGACUUCUGGAGAAGUGGCUGAAGAGCUCAGAGAAAGUGUUCACAAGGAGACUGGACUAACAUGCAGUGCUGGGGUAGCGCCAAAUCGCUUGCUUGCUAAGGUUUGUUCAGACAUCAAUAAGCCAAACGGCCAGUUUGUGUUACCAAAUGAACGUGCAGCUGUCGUGACAUUUAUAUCCUCACUACCUAUAAGGAAGAUUGGAGGCAUUGGUAAAGUCACCGAAAACAUUUUGAACGGAGUAUUUGGAAUCACAACAUGCGAGGAAAUGCUGCAGAAAAGAAGUUUCAUCUCUGCGCUAUUUUCUCGUUCAUCAGCAGAUUUUUUCUUAUCUGUCGGGUUGGGGAUUGGUAGGACCGAUACACCUGAAGUGACUCAGAGAAAAAGUAUGAGUAACGAGAGAACAUUUUCACCCACCGAAGACGAGACAUUAAUUCACCAGAAACUAGUCGAUCUUUCGGAAAAUCUUUCAUCUGACCUGAAUAAAGAAGGCCUUCGAGGACGAACUUUGACACUGAAGUUGAAAACAACAUGUUUUGAGGUUCGAACUCGAGCAGUGACUCUACCAAAUUGUAUUUGCUCAACUGAGGAUAUUCUUAAACAUGCCACAAAGCUUCUCAAGGCUGAACUCCCUGUGUCUCUGAGACUCAUCGGACUGCGUAUGUCACACUUCAACGAAGGCGUUGCAGUUGAUGCUAAACAAAAAACACUUUCCAACUUCAUAGUCACAGAAUCCAAUAUUCGUAACAAUACUUCAGCCUUCGAUAUACACGACCCAAGCGAAUCAUGUAAUCCCGUAAAUACUCCUCAAAUCCCGGAUCUUGAUCGAGCCGACACAUGUCAUCGCCUCAAUGAAGCAGAAACUAGUGGAAGUUUUGACCUCAAAGACACUGUUGUCAACGAUGAGUCAAUUAUGUCUUCAAUAAAUACAAAACAAGCCAUGUUUUGGUUAAACGACUACGAGUGCUCUGUUUGUGGAACUGAACUGCCUCCCAGUUUUGUUGAGGAAAGACAAGAGCAUUUCGAUUUUCAUCUUGCUCAAAGCCUGCAAGAUGAAGAAAAAUCGAGCAAUCGUAACCCAAUUCUCAAGCCUAAGCAACGGUUAUUCGAAAAGGAUGAAACGAGGCAGAGUGGAGUUAAGAAGAAGCAGAAAGCAUCUCCGUCGGAGGGUAAACACAUUCCAAUUCAUAUGUUCUUUGCGAAAACCAGUCAGAAUUUUUGAUAUUUAUUUUUUAUUUUUUAUAGUAAAUAAUUAAUUUUCUUCUUUGAGUAUUUCAUCAUGAGAGAG